UUCUGACGUGGCUGUAAGCCAUUGGAAGCUUAGCUCUGGUAUAAAUAUGACAGGCUUGUAGGCCGUUCGUUCACUGCUGGAGUGUCAUUACAGACUUCUGCACCAUAUCGGGCAGACAGGAACACUAACACAAGCAAAAGCUGGCAGGCUGACGCGAACGGGCAGCUUUACAGGACGGAUUAUCUGGUAACUGACCAUUUAGCUGUGGCACACUCGGACUCCGUGUAAAAGUGGGAUUUCGACCAUGAGCUCCGUCGCCGUACUUACGCAGGAAAGCUUCAAUGAGCACCGCAGCGGCCUCUUGCCUGAGCAGGCAGGCGCUGCCUCGGCCGGGCCCGCCGGCUCGGCCGAUGAGGAGGCGCUGCCGACCUACAAGGACGCCUUCCCCCCUCUGCCCGAGAAGGCGGCGUCGCCCGAGGGCACGCAGGAUUCGGCCAACGCCUGGACCAAGAUCAAGCCUCUGAAGUCAUCCGUCAUCACCCAGGUUUUCCACGUGCCCCUGGAAGAGCGCAAGUACAAGGACAUCAACCAGUUCGGUGAAGGAGACCAGGCCAAGAUCUGUGUUGACAUCAUGCAUAGGACUGGGGCCCACCUCGAACUCUCCAUGGCCAAGGAUCAGGGUCUCUCCAUCAUGGUGUCUGGGAAGCUGGAUGCUGUCAUGAAGGCCCGCAAGGAGAUUGUGUCCCGACUGCAGACUCAGGCCUCUGCAACCGUGGCCAUACCCAAGGAACACCACCGCUUCGUAAUUGGCAAGAACGGCGAGAAGCUGCAGGAACUGGAACUGAAGACCGCCACCAAGAUCCAGAUCCCACGGCCUGAUGACCCCAGCAACCACAUUAAGAUCUCUGGCACCAAGGAGGGCUUGGAGAAGGCCAAGCAUGAGAUCCUGCUCAUCUCCGCUGAGCAGGACAAGCGUGCUGUGGAGCGGGUGAACAUCGACAAGGCGUACCACCCCUUCAUCACCGGAGCCUUCAACAAGACGGUGGGGGAGAUGAUGCAGGAGACGGGCGCGCGCAUCAACGUUCCGCCGCCCAGCGUCAACAAGACCGAGAUCGUCAUCACCGGGGAGAAGGAGCAAGUGGCCCUGGCCGUCACCUUGAUCAAGAAGAUCUACGAAGAGAAGAAGAAGAGCGCCACUACCAUAGCGGUGGAGGUGAAGAAAUCUCAGCACAAGUAUGUGAUCGGCCCCAAAGGGAACACCCUGCAGGAGAUCCUGGAGAAGACUGGAGUCUCGGUCGAGAUCCCACCCACUGACAGCAGCUCCGAAACGGUCAUCCUCCGCGGAGAGCCAGAUAGGCUGGGCCAGGCGCUCACUGAGGUCUACGCCAAGGCCAACAGCUUUACUGUGUCCUCCGUGUCCGCUCCAUCCUGGCUUCACCGCUUCAUCAUUGGCAAGAAGGGGCAAAAUCUGGCAAAGAUCACCCAGCAGAUGCCUAAGGUGCACAUCGAAUUCACUGAGGGCGAGGAUAGGAUCACCUUGGAGGGACCCACCAAGGACAUGCAGCUGGUACAGAGCCAGAUCGAAGCCAUCGUCACAGACCUGGUUAACCGUAUGGAUUACACCGAGAUCAGCGUGGAUCCCAAGUUCCACCGACACCUGAUUGGAAAGGGCGGUGCGAACAUUAACCGCAUCAAGGACCUGCACAAGGUGUCGGUGCGCAUCCCCCCCGACAACGAGAAGAGCAACCUGAUCCGCAUCGAGGGGGACCCCCAGGGUGUGCAAGAAGCCAAGAAGGAGCUGCUGGAGCUGGCGUCGCGCAUGGAGAACGAGCGUACAAAGGACAUGAUUAUUGAACAGCGUUUUCACCGAGCCAUAAUAGGGCAGAAGGGGGAGAAUAUUAAGGAAGUCCGGGACAAGUUCCCCGAGGUCAUAAUCAACUUUCCUGACCCGGCGCAGAAGAGCGACAUCGUUCAGCUGCGAGGGCCCCGAACUGAAGUGGAGAAAUGUUCCAAAUUCAUGCAAAAGAUGGUGGCUGAAAUGGUACGAAAAGGAGGAAAUAUAAGAGUGAAAAUUGAAACUGCUUUUGAUCGUGGGGAUGUGGGCGAACCCGGCAUUGACCUCAAGCCUCCCUGCCAGAUUCGUGAGGAGACGAACACUAAGAUUGACCUGCCUGCAGAAAACAGCAACUCUGAGAUGAUCGUCAUAACUGGGAAGAAGGCCAACUGCGAGGCUGCAAGGAACCGCAUCUUGGCCAUCCAGAAGGAGCUGGCGAACAUCACGGAGAUGGAGGUGUCCAUUCCCUCCAAGCUGCACAACUCCCUGAUCGGCUCCAAGGGGCGCUUCGUGCGCUCGAUCAUGGAGGAGUGCGGCGGGGUGCACAUCCACUUCCCCAGCGAGGGCUCCGGCAUCGACACGGUGACCAUCCGCGGCCCCGCGGAGGACGUGGAGAAGGCCCGGCGCCAGCUGCUGUCGCUGGCCGAGGAGAAGCAAAUCAAGAGCCACACGGCGGAGCUGCGCGCCAAGCCGGAGUACCACAAGUUCCUGAUCGGGAAGGGCGGCGGGAACAUCCGGAAGGUGCGCGACAGCACCGGCGCGAGGAUCAUCUUCCCCACGGCCGAGGACAAGGACCAGGAGCUGAUCACGGUCGUGGGCACGGAGGAGGCCGUGCGGGAGGCGCAGAAGGAGCUGGAGGAGCUCAUCAAAAGCCUGGAUAACAUAGUGGAGGACUUCAUGAUGGUCGACCCCAAACACCACCGCUACUUCGUAGCCCGCCGCGGUCAGGUGCUGCGGGACAUCGCCGACGAGUACGGCGGCGUGAUGGUGAGCUUCCCCCGCACCGGCUCGCAGAGCGACAAGGUCACCCUGAAGGGCGCCAAGGACUGCGUGGAGGCCGCCAAGAAGCGCAUGCAGGAGAUCGUCGAGGACCUGGACGCUCAGGUGACGAUGGAGUGCGUGAUCCCCCAGAAGUUCCACCGCUCCAUCAUGGGCCCCAAGGGGUCUCGGAUCCAGCAGAUCACCAGAGAUCACAACGUGCAGAUAAAGUUCCCGGAUAGGGAGGAUCCCCAAGCUCCCCCCGCUGAGGCCCCUGUCCAAGAGAACGGUGAAGCAGAUGGGGAGGUCAAGGAGGCCGACCCCGCCACCCCCAAGAAGUGCGACGUCAUUGUGCUCUCUGGCCGCAAGGAAAGGUGCGAGGCGGCCGUGGAGGCGCUCAAGGCUUUGGUUCCUGUGACCACAGAGGUGGAAGUACCGUUUGAGCUUCAUCGUUACAUUAUUGGCCAGAAAGGAAGUGGAAUUCGAAAGAUGAUGGAUGAAUAUGAGGUCAAUAUUCAAGUGCCUGCUCCUGAGCUGCAGUCGGACAUCAUCUCCAUUACCGGCCUGGCCAAUCACCUGGACCGCGCCAAAGAAGGCCUCCUGGAGCGAGUCAAAGAGCUGCAGGCUGAGCAGGAGGACCGGGCUCUCAGGAGCUUCAAGCUGACCAUCACUGUGGACCCCAAAUAUCACCCCAAAAUCAUUGGGCGCAAAGGCGCCAUCAUCACCCAGAUCCGCAACGAACACGAUGUCAACAUCCAGUUCCCCGAGAAGAAUGAUGAGAACCAGGAUCAGAUCACCAUCACUGGUUAUGAGCAGAAUACCACUGCUGCCCGCGCUGCCAUUCAGGCCAUUGUUGAUGAGCUGGAGGAGAUGAUCUCCGAGGACAUCACCCUGGACAGCAGAGUCCACGCCCGAAUAAUCGGGGCUCGCGGAAAAGGCAUCCGCAAGAUCAUGGAGGAGUUCAAGGUUGAUCUCAGGUUCCCCCAGAGUGGGGCUGCAGACCCCAACCUUGUGACCGUGACCGGCCGCCCUGAGCUAGUGGAUGAAGCUAUUGAUCACCUCUUGAACUUGGAGGAGGAAUAUAUGGCAGACGUUGUGGAAAACGAGUCCAAGCAGGCCUACAUGAAGCCUCGUGGGGGGGGUGCCUCGGUGGAGGAGCCCCGAGGCCCAUCAAAGGGCUUUGUGGUGAGGGAAGCACCCUGGACAACUAGCAGUGAGAAGGCCCCUGACAUGAGCAGUUCUGAGGAUUUCCCAAGUUUCGGGGCACCUGUAGCUGCAAAGACCUCUCCAUGGGGCCCCAAACGUUUCUAACCAGGCUGCUAUAGAUGGGCAUUCAUCCACUCAACCAUUUCCCUGAAAUCCCCUGUCCCCAUCCCCCCAAUUGACCAUUGGCACUGACCCCUCUGGUUUUUGCUGCACAUCAGCUGUGGUUUGGUGCACCAUCUGUAAACCCUCCAGGGAAAGUGAAGUGGUCUUUGAAUAAAAACCUUGUCAACCAGAUUUUAUUUGGUCCAAAUUUCAAGUCAUUUGUUGGAGAAAGGCUUAUCGGCUCCAGAAAACUUUCACAUUUUGGUUUUCGUCUAGUUCAUGUGGUCUGCCUUUGUAGACUUUACUAUUGUAAAAUCCUGAAACUACUUCAGGAUGCCGUUUUGGAUCUGAGCCGUAAGCAAUGCUCAAUGCAUUCAGAAAUCUAAUGUCUGACUUGACGGGACCUUGUCCUCUUCAGUAUAUCUGACCAGGAUAUUGCUAGGUUGUGAUGGGAAGGUGCCCAUUUUGAGUAGAAAUGGUGAUCAUCAGUGUUGUCAGACUUCCUCUGUUGUGAUUUGAACUUGUGCUGUGUUACAGUGGUAAAACUGCUUUUAAUCCAAAGCUGUUGCCAAGGUGAUUGAACAAAGCUGUCAGGGUUGAAUGAACUGCCCCUGUGAGUUGCCUUGGAAACAGAUUGUAUUACCUCUGAUAUUAGAAGAAAUGUGGCCCUUAGCUUCUAUUUCUCUUAAUGGUAGUUCAAAUUUUGAAACUUCAGGUGACUGGCCUUUUCAGCACCCCCACCCCCCACCCCAACCCAACUGUACCCAUGUAGAACCUGCUUUGUCUCAGUGUUAGUAGAGCUGGGGUGCAUGACUGUCUAGUCUACCUCUAGCACUUUAUGAAGUACAUCACUACAAUUUGCGAAUACACAUGGUUGUUGAAUCCUGGGGAAGUUCAGAAAUUUAACUGGUCUUGCAGUGAAGAAGCAACUUUUUAAAGUAUUGGACAGUUUGAAGUUUUAAGUUUAGACUAUUCUGGCUGAGCUUUUUUGGAAUAGGAAUGGCGGUUCAAAUUGGGAAUACAGUUCGAACUGCACAAAUGGGCUUUUUUUCCCCCCUUCCCUCAAGCUCCAAAUAUGAAACUCCCUUUGGUUUGAUCAUUUUCUUCCAAUCAUGCCAGUUUAGGCCAAUGAGCAGCCUAGUGAUGUCGUCUUUUUUUUUUUUAACCUUCGCUACUGGGUCAGUGUCCUAUCCCUUUUCUUGUCUUCCAGUUCCAGGGCAGAUUCUUCUGUUUCCAUGGCAACAGCCCUCUUAUCAGCCUUAAAACAAGAUUAUGCAAAAACCUUACAAAAAAAGUGAAAUUAUAUGGAUAACACUGGAAUUUUAAAUGUCCAACAAUAAAAAUAAAAUAAAAAAUAAA